GGAGUGUGCCUCCCCCGUCACCAAAUGUUCCGGAUAGUAGCUUCUAGAAGGUCUGCGGCAUUGGCGGCUGCCAGCGUCGCGGGCGUUACGCUCGCUGACGUCGAUACCGGAAAACCGCGGGAGAAGCUCUCGAUUUAUCCCAGCCCAACACCCGAGAUCCUUCUUCUCGACACGCCGUCGGUCCUCGAGACUCGCAUUGGGGAAGUGCGCCGGAACGUGACGGAUGCGUAUAACAAUGGGUACAACCAGGUGCAGGGCCUCGUAUCGCGUUGGAUUGGCGUCGAGCAAGCUGUGGAAUCCCGCAUAAAAUCCUUCCGCGACCCCACCGAACCCCUCACACCCUCCAUCCUCUAUGUCGGUAUCGCAACCCUCACCGGCUCCAUCCUCGCGCGCUCGCGUUCCCUCCCCGUCCGCGUCGCGCUCCCACCAACGCUAUUCGUCGCAUCCCUCAUGCACUUCCUACCCAAGACGGCUGCCAACGUGGGCGAGUACGCCGAGGAGCUCGAAGAGCGGUUCGUCCCCGCGUUCGGGCACUUCCGGCGCACGGGCGUCGCGCACUCGCGCAUGGGUUGGGAGCAGCUCAAGGACAGGACUGCUUCGGGCCGGGAGUCCUUGAGUCGCAGCGUGAGCGGUGUUAUUGGGCAAGUGCAGGCGGGCACGGGCUUGAAGCUGCAAGAGGCGAUGGGUUAUGCGCAGGAGAAGGUGGAGCAGGCCAAAGAGCAGGCCAAGGUGGGCGCUGGCGAGCUUGUCACGGCUAAGGACCAGCUGAAGGAGCAGGCGAAUGUGCAAACGGAGGAACUCAAGAAGGCAGCGGAAAAGGAGAUUGGCAAGGUAGGGAGGGAGGGUCCCCCCAACGGGUUAGAAGGCUCGAAGAAGGUAUAGAACAACUGGACUAUGUUUAGACCUUAGACAUAAUGAUUAUCCGUCAUAUUUCUC